UCACUGAUCGCUGAUCGCUGGCUUUACAUCAUCCUCAACCACGGCACGGCCCGAUCCUCGAUGUACAAGCACACGGUCAAGUCAAGGUUGGCCCAGGCCCGGAGUCAGCCGCCGCCAGCUUCUGGCACGGCAGCGACAACGACGCCCACAUCCCCGAAACAUGGACUGGGGGCAGGCAAGAAGUUCUUCUCACACAUUCGCCACAAAAUCGAGGAUAACCUGAGCCCCAAACUGGGCGGAAAGCUGUACUACAAAGGCAGCAAGCACACGAGAUCGAUGAGUGCCCUCAGCCUGCAGGUGGAUGGUGGCUGCAUCGGUGGCAAGUAUACCCCGAAAGCUGUUGCCCCACCUGUGGCCACUCCCCUGAAGAUGAUGGAACAGGUGCCGCCACAGAUGACCAGCAGCAUCUGCAGCUAUGUGGACAGCGACGAGGAGAGUCACCUGAGUCUGAGCCUCAGUCUGACGCAGCAGUCGCUGGAGGAUGAGAUCUUUGCGGAGCUGGAGAAGGUGGCCCACGACGAGAGUAAGCUGAACGAAGUGCUGCAGAGCUUUGACCAGAUCCUCAGCGAAUAUCCACCAGUGGAGUCGAUCAGAGAGAUGCUGCCCACGGAGGAGGUGCCGCUGCCUGCCCCGCCAGCAGAGUUCUGCGAUCGACAGAUGCUGCUCUCGAAAUCCCACAGCAGCCUCAGUAUGGGCCGGGCCAAGCGGCAGAUCUACCAGUCGCCAGAACUGGCCAAUUCCAUGCUCCUAAGGAGAUCCGAUUCCACGUCCAACGCGAACUCCAGAUACAAUUCGUUGAGUGAACUGAAUGGCAGCCGGAUACCCGUUUCGAAGCACUCGAGUUUGAGGAAGAGAAGCGAGAGCUUCUGCCUGGAUCAGCCGCUGAAUCACAGGAGCAGCAAGCAGCGCACGCGAUCGAUGCUUACUUUAAACAGUGGAAUCACUGGUAGAUCUUCAAUUCCAGCCAGAAACACAGCUCCAGCGACAGCCAGAGCCACCGCUGCAGUUCCAGUGAAAGCCAAAGUCUCCUCCGCUGCAGCGCCACUCCCACCAAAGCGAGCCAACUCCACGCUGGAGCGGCGACAGGUGCACAGCAGGCCACCGGGUCCCAGGAGAGCCAACUCCACGCUGAGAGCCACGACUGCGCACAGCGAUGAGCUGCUGGUCAAGUGCCUGGCCAAGGGCCAUGAGAUCCUCCGCCAAGUGGAGAACAUCAGCAGUGCCAAGCCGAAGCGAAGCAGCAGUCGUGGGGUGAGCAAGGAGCACUCGCAGCUGGCGAGGAACAAGAAGAGGCACCAGCAGAAGCUGCAGUACGCGAACGAGGAGAAGAUGGGCAAGCCCAAGCUGGAGUCCUGCAAGAUUAUACCCCCGAAGCUGGGGGAGACAUCGGAUAAGAAUCAGGACCUGCUGGUCAAGGUAGUGCAGGAGGUAAAAACCAAGCCAAAGGCAAAGGCAAAGGACUCUCUGCCGCUGAAGAAGCCCCUCAAGCAGGAUGAGGAGAGACAGCAGGAACCCUCCUCCGAUUCGGAUGAUUCGGGACACAUCAGCAACACGGUGCUCUCGACCUCCACUUCCACCUGUAAUUCCACGGGCAGCCUCUGCGAAUCGGAGGGCGAUGAAGCCGAAGAACCAUCGGCAGUGAAAAAGUCCAACAAAAUCGCAGAACUCCUGCAAAAGUUCGAGGCAGUGGCAGCAGCGGCGGCAGCUGUUAAAUCGAAUGCUGCUCAUGCCUCUGCCCCUUCCAUGAUUGCCACCAAGGUGGUGGCACAGGUGCAGGCGGUGCGGUGCAUCCAAACGCAGGUGGAGAUCUAUCCCACCUACACGAAAGAGGUAACUAUGCGGCUGCACUGACUGCCACCCGGUAAGAGUGCCCAGCAUAUCCCAGCUGUGCAUCCAAGCCUCCACCAGAUCCCAUCUUAACUCUCAGAUGUAUCUACUUAUCUAUUGUGCUUUGCCUCAUCUAACUUUAUCUUUUAUCUCUAACGUUUUUGCUGUUAAUGGAAUAAAUAUUUAUUGUACAAAAAACCAUUUGCUAUUUUUGGGCUUAUAUUUUCCCUUUUCCCCAACGGUUUUUAAAAUUUCCUUGGCUU